UGACACGACAUUAUGCAGGGAAAGUAAUUUUCGUACGAAAGUAAUAAAAUCCACCUUCAUCCAUCUACUUUCCAGUCUAAAUGCAACUGUUUGUAUUUCCCUCACAUUAAGAAUCUUUCAGUAUGUGCUCACGAUGAUUAUCAUUGCAAAGUCUGUUUAAUUGAGGUGGAUGUGGAACUGUUACCAUGGCAACUCGCAGAGAUAACGGCCAAUCUCAGCUGGUACCUGUUCUCCCCGGCUACCCGGCAUGCCCAGCAACGACACAAUCACUUCCCAGCGACACCGUUUUACCGAAUCUUUUGGAGUCCAACAAAAUCAACAGUCUGCAAACAACUGAAACGGCAACAACUAGUCACAGUGACACUCAAAUGAUAUACACUGGUUACCACCCUGUAGCCAAGUACCAAGCAACGUUAGACAGACCAACAGCCAAUGAGGGCAUGACCCUUCAUCCUGAUCUGACCAAUGAGCUGAGGGCGUUACAGGUGGAGUGCGGAUUUGAAACCACAAGCGAUUUCCUUCACCAUCUGGUGGUUUCUGAGCGAGUAAAAAGAUUACAGAAGCUAAACUCAUCAGCCAGGCGGAGUUUAUCUGCAGAGUCUUCCAUUCCUGACUUGAUGCAAGCUGCCAAUCAAUGUUCGUAUCCGAGCUCCACAAACACUGUCGUGAGUUCCAACAACAGCUGGACUGCAUGUCGGUUGGAGAACUCCCUGGGGGAUCGGACUCUGGUCGAAGGCGCUUCACCAGAGGGGCAAGCCAAGCCAAACCACGGCGGCCAGACUAGUGGUGUCGAGUUGGCUCACUACGCAGUCAAGUCAGAGAGGGUUUCAGUAGGGGUUCAAGUCAAUUUGUGCCAGUGUCGACUUGAAGACGAGUCAGGCUGCACCAACAGGAAGCAGUCGCGGAAACUCAAAGGACGUAUCGUGUCAAAGGUCAAGAAGAAUGGCACAUGUUCACAGCGAGGGGAUCGGGAUGAUGUGAAAGUUGGCCUGGCUCUGAGGGAAAGAAGAUGGAGCAUUAAGACAAAGGGAGUUCGCCAACCCAAACAGCGCUUUUCCUGCAACACAAAAUCAGCGCCCAGGGAGAAGCAGGAGUACCUGUGUGAAAUAUGUGGGGCUACUUUCAAAUGUAGGCGGAGCCUGAUCCCCCACAUGUGGGAGCACAGGGGCAAAGCGUCCAUCCACAAGUGUCCACACUGCAAUGUCAGUUUCCCGUACGCAUGUAGGUUAAAGCGCCACCUGAUAGCCAAGCAUCCUGAGCUUGAGGGCGGGCCGAUACGCUGUGCAACGUGCGGAGUCGAAGUCCAAUCUUAUACUACGCUCAAGAGCCAUAUGCGCAUCCAUACGGGUUACAAACCUUUCAAGUGUACUUUCUGCCCCAAAGCGUACAAGUGGAAGACAGGGGUGGAGUAUCACGAGCGCUCUCACACGGGCGAGCGUCCCUUUCCUUGCCAGAGAUGCACCAAGGCGUUCACCAACAAGUCCGACCUGAACCGCCAUCAGACUGUUCACACUGGAGAGAAACCCUACGUGUGCCAAAACUGUGGUAAGGGAUUCACCCAAAGGCACACGUUAAAAUCCCACUGUAAGAAACAUCACCCCGCUAGCCUGUCCAAGGGCAACUUUAGGGUUACUGUUGCAUCAAAGCAACACCAUCCUAAAGUGAAUACAAUAUCCCAGGCUAUGCACUCUUCAGAGGAAGCCGCAUUCAUUAUGGGUAGUUUCCAUGAUCCGGCACCAGCCAACCACAGUCUGGAGCAGAUAAAGUUUACAAACAACGGCGCUCAGCAGAGUCUACAGAGACGGGAACCCACAACGCCUACUGAAAGAGAGAUUGCAGAGGUGGUGGUUAAUAUGCUCGCUCAAUGAUGUGCCCUUUACAAACAACGGCGCUCUGCAGAGUCUACAGAGACAGGUACCCACAAUGCCUACUAAAAGAAGAUUGCAGAGGUGGUGGUGAACAUGCUCGCUCAAUGAUGUGCCAUUCGCGUUGUUAAGAUCCACAGUAUGUAUAGCUAUCGAAAUAGAACACUGAGCUUGACUUCCCCAUAUGUCGUCUGUGGAUGCUGCUUAUCGCACGGCGUGACAUGCGUGUAUGGCAAAAUGAUCAUCAUGUCAGUGCACAUAGAUCAUUUCUACGUGUUUUCAUUGGUGUUCAUAACGUCUACUGUAUGGCAAAAGGAAUGACGAUGCGAAAUCAAUAAAAGUGGUCUCACAACGACAAACCCAUGGUAUCUUAGAUUUUAGUGUUCGGGUUGGCGUAGUGGUUUCUUUCCUCGCCUUCCACCUCUAAGACCCAUGUUCAACUUCUGCUGGGGGCAUUGUAUGUGGAUCGGGUUUUCAGUCUCUACCUUGUUGUAUGUGUUUUUUACCUGAAAUAAGUCUGUGGGGAUUUUCUUCCACAUUGAAUACUGGAACUUCCUUCAUUGUCUUCCCUUCAUGGGGUUCUUAGUAAAGUGAUUAAUUUAAUUUUUCUGAAAGUCAUUGGCUUCACAACCAGAAUUUUUCUGAGAGUGAUUGGCUUCACGACCAGAAUUAGUUAAUAAUAAUGAAUAGUCCCCAGUGUUUUGAAAAAAAAACCUGAGCUGCCAACUCUCCCUGAUUCUGCAGACAGUUUCCUGAAAAUACAACCUAGUUGUACGAUUCAAUUCAGUCUGUAAUAUGCAGCAAUGCCUGUGAACAGAAUUUGUGUUGGCAUUUUAAAGACAGUGGACACUAUUGGUAAUUGUCAAAGACCAGUCUUCUCACUUGGUGUAUCUCAACAUAUG